UGCUUUUGCUAUAAGCAAUUACACUCCAGAUGCAUCAUUUCCCACCAUGUCUACUGGCUGGAGUCACUGCUAACAAGAUGAACACAGAAAACUGAGAGCUGCGAUAUCUGCAUUCUCACAGCUUCGACCCAGGAGUUUUAUUCUUUCCAGUUUUCCUUUUUAAUUUUUUUUAAAACAUUUUUCGUGGUUUAAUUUAUUUGUGAUCGGGAAGGAGCCAUGAGCUUAAGUCAUGGAUACCGGGCGUCUUGGUGGACAUAUGUUCUGCACCAGGUGCCACACACAAAUUUCCAAUUUGAGGUGGUGGACGGCAACUUUGCACCCCAAGACUGGAACUAUCAGCAGGCUCUUCUUUUCUUAGCUGGCAUUGCUGGACUUUGCCUGGCCAUCAGCCUUGUCUUAAUCUGCGUGUAUUUAAUACGAUUCUGCUGCUGCAGUUCUCAGGAAGAGGAAGGCUCGAAGAACAGUCAUGCCUGCUGUAUCACCUGGAGCUGUGUAGCAGCCGUAAUUAUAUGCUGUGCUGGAAUUGGCAUUGGUUUCUAUGGAAAUAGUGAAACAAAUGACGGUGUAUAUCAAGUGACCUACUCCCUUAUGAAUGCCAACCACACAUUGACCUCCAUUGCCUUGCUGAUCUCAGACACAGUGCAGCUUCUUAGCUCUGUAGUGAAGAGUGACCUGACUCAGCUGGAGGAGAUCUUUUCGAAGCGCACAGAUUUCCUAGUCAUUGUUCGGAACACCAGGAGGGAAGUGGAAUCAGUGGCCCAGAAUUUGGCAGAGCUGUCUUUUUGGAAGGAAGUUGAGCUAAAUCUAAACAUGAUGGCAGAGCAAAUUAAUUUCAUUGAGGAUUAUAGGUGGCUGGCUUAUAUUCUGCUGCUGCUUUUGGAUCUGAUUAUCUGUCUUUUCACCUUACUCGGCCUGGCCAAGCAGAUCAAGUGGCUUGUAAUUGUAAUGACGGUGGUGAGCUUUUUUGUGUUGUUACUCAGCUGGGGAUCUAUGGGACUUGAGAUGGCCACUGCUGUGGGAUUAAGUGAUUUCUGUUUGGAUCCAGAUGAGUAUAUGAUGAAUCAGACUCAGGUGAUCACAAACAUCAGUCCAGAUAUUUUAGAGUAUUACAUUACGUGUAACCAGGAAGUUACAAACCCCUUUCGACAGAAAUUGACCAUGUCACAGAGAUCUCUGUCCAAUAUUCAUCCUCAGCUUCAUGGUUUGGAAAGAGAAGCAAUACCACAAUUUCCAACAGCAGAAAAAAACUUAUUAGUGGUCCAGGCCAUGCUGAAUACAACAGAGGGAAAUUUUCAUCAUUUGGUUGCUUUGCUGAAUUGCCGAGGCCUUCAUAAGGACUAUGUGGAUGCUCUGAAAGGGCUUUGUUAUGAUGGAAUGGAAGGCAUCCUGUUUCUGCUUCUGUUCUCUUUUCUGUCGGCUCUCUCCUUCACAGCUGCCAUAUGCAGCCUGCCUCGUGCAUGGAAACGUUUCCAGAACAGGGACCUGGACUAUGAUGACAUGGACGAGGAUGACCCAUUUAACCCUCAGGCACGUAGAGAGAUCAUCCGCACAGCAGGCAGACCUCACCUGCCCAGUUUCUAUAGUUACAGCAGUAGCUGCGGCAGCCACAACAGCCUGCGGGUCUCGGCCCCGCCUAUUUCCAACGCCCCCGUCUCACAGUACAUGAAUCAAAGCGGUUUGUUCAGUGGCAAUCCUCGAUAUGAAAAUGUCCCAUUGAUUGACAGGCAGUCCCCACCCCCUUCGUACUCUCCUAGCAUGCGAACAUCCUUCAUCAGUGCAUCCCAAGAAGAGACUGAUACACAUUGUCAAACAGACCCUGUAUCCUAGAUGACUCCUCCUGCUCUCCUCACUCCUCUCUACCCUACAAUGGUGACUAACACAUGCAAAGAAAAUAAAGACUGAGCCAUUCUGCUCUUAACCUUUCUGGCAAGAAGACUUGGGUGCAGCAACCCAUUCAGAUUCCCCUUACUUGUUAUUAAACCCUCUUCUCCUCCUGUGCUGCCAGGGCAAUUUACUCCAGACUGUCCACUGCCUUUCAUUUUCUAUUUUUUUUCUACUACUUUCUUGUUCAUUUUACACCCUAAGAAGGCUUGUUCUAUAAUUCCCUUAAGAUUGUUUUUUGGACCUUUCAACUGUAUUCCAAAAGGGGGGCACCAUGGGGAGUCUACCAGAAAGAUUUUUAGAAAGAUUUAAGGAGGAGGCCUAGCUGGGAGAAUGUUAACUACUGAUGACUGGAGAUGGAAGAUAUGGCAAACACUAUAAAGGCUGCUUAUCUAACACCCAGCUGACUGGACAAAUGGAUUUAGAUACCCGCGAUUCUGGCACAAGGAGUAUCUUCUAUGCGGCGUGUGUGACAUGGACUGAAGAAGAUGUAGUUAUGAGUUCUAGAAAACAAAGGACAUUGCUGCUGCAAACCUCUUUCCUUGACAGAUGGAGUUGUUUUUAAUUAGAUUGUUUUAACACUAACUCAUAUUUUACAAUGACUUGAAAUAAAAGGGAAAAACACUUUAUUUUAAAAAUAA